CAUGAUUUGUCUUUCUGAUUUGUACUUUUAAACUAUCAUGUACUGUUUCCUCUUGGUUCUCGGCUAGUUACUUGUUAGAGCACCCACAAUGCAAGUAGUAUAAGAGUUGAACAUGGUGAUGAUUAUGAUUGAAUAAGAGUUAGUGUAGAUGAUGACAUGAAGUAAGAGUUGGAUGGAGAAGUUGAAUGAUCAUUGAAUGGUUUAAUGGAAGGAAAACUGAUAAAUAGGAUUGAAUAAAGGUUUAAUAGGCUGCGAGUGAUGUUGUAAAGAUAUUUAAUGGAUGAUAUGUUGUACAGAUGUUUAAUGGAUGAUAUAUUGAAUAUUCAAUAAGGUUCAAUGAAUUAUAAAUGCCUUUAGUCGAGAGUCCGUCGAUAAUAUUACCCUGGUUGGCCUACCUUCUGUCGUUCACGUCUAACUCGCCUCCUUCACGUCUCAAAUAUUCUGCCUCUUUCUCAACCUUCACUUCAGCUGCAUCUUCUCUCUACCCGUCGACACUUCUCCCAUCCCCGCCGCCGCCUCCAAUCUCCAAUCUCCUGGUAAGUCUCUUUCUUUUUUCUGAAUCAUGAAGCACAUCGAUUUUUUUUUCUGGAAUCGAUAAAGCUAAUCAAUUUCAUUUUCGGGAAACGAGAUGAAGCAUAUCAAUUUCUUUUUCGUGUGUGAUUCCUGUGUGGUAAGUCUUUUUCUGAAGCACAUUGACUUAUUUUUCUGGAAUCGGAGUUAAGAAAUCUUUCUAACACAAAAAGAAGCGGCGAGUAAGAGAGGGAAAAAGAGAUACACACACACACACACAGAAGAGAGAGAGAGAGAGAGAUGACGGACGAAGGUUUCCCUCCGCCAACCAGGCUGAUGAAUUUUGUAUCGCAGGAGCAGUUGGAUGAAGCCAAGAAAACUCGAGGACCUAGAGUUGAGGAUGGAACUGCGCACAGAGAUCGCCCCCUUUUUGAGAUAUUGAAGGAGAACAAGGACAAGAAAGAUGCAGAGUUCAACGAACGGUUCAAGCAUAGACCUCCAAAAGCAUUAGAUGAAGAUGAGACCGAGUUCCUUGAUAGGCUAGAGCUGUCAAGGAGAGAAUAUGAGCAGCAAUUGGCAGAUGAUGAAGCCCAACAGCUGCGGAGUUUCCAAGAAGCAGUGGCUGCACAAGCUGCCACGCUACAGGAGCUACAGGAAACACCUCAUGUGGUUCCUAAACUUGAGGAAAAACAAUCAACUGGGGAGAAGAAAUCACAUGCAAAGAAAUCACAUUCAUUGGUAGUUAUAAAAGUGAAGCCUCAAACUAAGAAAGCAAGGAUAGGUGAGCAGGUUAACUUCAACUUUGAAGAACAGAAAAGACACGAUGCUGCUACUAGUGAUACAGAGAGAUCUUCUUUAGGGCCGGAUAAGGGAUCUAUCCAGAAUGUGAAUGUGGCGGCUACUGGCGGGGGGCUUGGCCUUGUUUCAUAUAGCGACGAAAGUGAUGAUGAUUAGCCGGUU